AUGAUUUCUGAUGAGGGAAUCUUCUUUUUCUUUCAGGGUCCCUUUUCCUUUGAGGAGGUGUCCGUCUCUUUCACGGAGGCAGAGUGGGCCCUGCUGGAUCCGGGACAAAGAGCUCUGUACAGGGAAGUCAUGCUGGAGAAUUAUGGGAAUGUGGCCUUUCUGGAAGCCAGAAAUAUAAGAGAAACUACAGUGAAGGCGGAAAGCGGCCUUGGAUCCAAGGAAAGGCCAGAAAGUUCCUCAAGAGUAUCCCGAGAGCAUAUUUCCUUCCUGGAUGAGCUGGCUGAGAGAGAGGAUGAUCAACAGAAUGAGGAGGGUGAGGAACUUCAUCAGCAAAUGCCAGAUAGAGUUAAAAACAAAGACUUGAAAGAAAAUUUGAGGAAUCAAGGCUGGCCUAAAAUAAAGAAAUGCAGCCGUAUGAGUGAACAGAGAGAUGGACUAGAGCAUAAUGUAAAAAAAUUUAAACAAAGGCCUUUUGAAUGCUCUGAGUGUGGAAAGAGAUUCGGUACAAAUGGCCAGCUUCAACAACACCGAAGAAGCCACACAGGGGAGAAACCUUUUGAAUGCUCAGAGUGUGAGAAGAAAUUCAGUUCCAGUAGAGGUCUUCAGUAUCAUCAGAUAACCCACACAGGGGAGAAACCUUUUGAAUGCUCAGAGUGUGGAAAGAGAUUCAGUUUUAGUCACAGUUUUCAGGCCCACAAAAGAACCCACACAGGGGAGAAACCUUUUGAAUGCUCAGUGUGUGGAAAGAGAUUCAGUAACACUGGAGGUCUUCAAUCUCAUCAGAGAACCCAUACAGGAGAGAAACCAUUUGAAUGCUUAGUGUGUGGAAAGAGAUUCAGUUUGAGUAGCACUCUUCAACUUCAUCUACGAACCCACACAGGGGAGAAACCAUUUGAAUGCUUAGACUGCGGAAAGAGAUUCACUUCAAGGGGGAGUCUUCAAGUACAUCAAAGAACACACACAGGUGAGAAACCAUUUGAAUGUUCAGUGUGUGGAAAGAAAUUCAGUAGAAGUGGCAUUCUUAAAGUACAUCAAAGAACCCACACAGGGGAGAAACCUUUUGAAUGUUCAGAGUGUGGAAUGAGAUUUCGUGACAGGGGAAAUCUUCAAGGACAUUGGAGAACUCACACAGGGGAGAAACCUUUUGAAUGCUCAGAGUGUGGAAAGAGAUUCAGUCAGAGUGGCCAGCUUCAACAGCACCGAAGAAGCCACACAGAGAAUCCUUUUGAAUGCUCAGAGUGUGGAAAGAAUUUUAGUUGUAGUUCCAAUCUUCGAACACAUCAGAGAACUCACAGAGGGGAGAAACCUUUUGAAUGCUCUGAGUGCAGAAAGAGAUUCACUACAAGUAGCAACCUUCGGGAGCACCAAAGAAUCCACACAGGGGAGAAACCUUUUGAAUGCUCUGAGUGUGGAAAGAGAUUCAGUCAGGGUGGCCAUUUUAAACAGCAUCAAAGAACCCACACAGGGGAGAAACCUCUUGAAUGCUUUGAGUGUGGAAAGAGAUUCAGUUGCAAUUCAGAGCUUCAGUCUCAUCAGAGAACCCACACAGGGGAGAAACCCUUUGAAUGCUCCGAGUGUGGAAAGAGAUUCAGUACGAGUAGCAACCUUCAUCUGCACCAAAGAACCCAUACAGGUGAGAAACCUUUUGAAUGCUCAGAGUGUGGAAAGAGAUUCAGUACAAGUAGCAACCUUCAUCUGCACCAAAGAACCCACACAGGUGAGAAACCCUUUGAAUGCUCAGAGUGUGGAAAGAAAUUCAGUUCCAGUAGAGGUCUUCAGCAUCAUCAUAGAACCCACACAGGGGAGAAACCUUUUGAAUGCUCAGAGUGUGGAAAGAGAUUCAGUCAGAGUAGCAGUCUUCAACUCCACAAAAGGACCCACACGGGUGAGAGACCAUUUGAAUGCUUAGAGUGUGGAAAGAGAUUCAGUACGAGUAGCACUCUUCAGUGUCAUCAGAGAAUCCACACUGGGGAGAAACCUUUUGAAUGCUCAGAGUGUGGAAAGAAAUUCAGUUGCACUAAAGGUCUUCAGUAUCAUCAGAGAACCCACACGGGUGAGAAACCGUUUGAAUGCUCAGAUUGUGGAAAGAGAUUAAGUUGCAGUAAAGGUCUUCAGUAUCAUCAGAGAACCCACACGGGUGAGAAACCAUUUGAAUGCUCGGAGUGUGGAAAGAAA